CCCUAGCUCAUCAGGAUCCUCUGAUGGCUCAAGGCCAGGGCCUGCUCCAGGCCUGUCUCAGGAGGAGCCCUCUUUCGCUGAUCUACAGGAAUAUAUCCUAAACCUCUCUGACAAAGAGUGGAUGGCAUGGCAGCCAUCUCACUCAGCUGAUGCACCUAUGGUGGCAGAAUAUACAAGUGAAUGCCAUGACCUGACCUGUAUGGCAAGGACACUGGAGAGACUCCUUUCCAGAGACAAUAUCAACAACAUUGCCAGGGGCCUUGUGGAUCAAAUUCAGGCUGUUCGGCAGGAGAGAAGCCCAAGUGCCACAACUGUGGAUGGAAGACGUACCCCUAGGUCUGACAGUUCAAAGACACUGAGUGCCACUCAGGAAGUGUGCUCUCUCACCGAGCAGGCCAUCAAGGGAAUGCUACUGCCCUACCUUCUCCAGCUGGUGGAAUGGAAUUUUCGAGAUGUUGCUACGACUGGAAUCUCCGUCUCCGGGAUCGGAAGCACACCAGCCAACCAUUCUGCAGAGAAAUCACUGCUUGGACUGGAUAAGCCUGACUGCAGUUGUCAGGUAGCCAAGCAUCCUGGGGACACCAAUGACAAUGGCUGUCUGGUCACAUCACUGUUGCUGCGUCUGCUGACCAAGAUGCAAGAUCAGCAGACCGGACCUGAGAAUGCUAAAAUGAAAACUCAGAAGCUACCGGAACAACUCUUGCGUGAGUUCACCAAUGCGUCAGGCACCCUGGACUUCAAGGAGUAUCAGAAUAACAUCAAACUGCAGACACUCUACCACACCCUGAACACACUCCUGCUGAAGAACUUUGGACCCAAGGCUAUCCUGCAGAAACCAGCCGAUGCUAAGGACGCUUCAUUUGAUGACCUAUUGAUGUCAGCAUUAACCAAAGAGCUGCUGAGCCAAUGUGAUGCGGAAGUUACAGCGAUUCCAUCUGAAAUCACCCCAAGAAGACCUGGGAGGGAGAUUUUCCUCAAGCUAAAAAGUGCUCAUGGAAACCUGCAAAAAUCUGUGGCACAGCAGCCAUCUCACUACGCCGAUGCACCUGCCCAGUGCCCUAUGGCGGCAGAAUAUACAAGUGAAUCCCAUGACCUGACCUGUAUGGCAAGGACACUGGAGAGACUCCUUUCCAGAGACAAUAUCAACAACAUUGCCAAGGGCCUUGUGGAUCAAAUUCAGGCAGUUCAGCAGGAGAGAAGUCCAAUCCCCAUUACUUCUGUGGAUGGAAGAGGUACCCCUGGGUCUGAGAGUCCAAAGACGGCUCCCCAGAAGACACAGAGUGCCACUCAGGAAGUGUGCUCUUUCAUCGAGCAGGCCAUCAAGGAAAUGCUGCUGCCCUACCUUCUCCCGCUGGUGGAAUGGAAUGUUCGAGAUGUUGCUACGACUGGAAUCUUUGUCUCCGGGAUCGGAAGCACACCAGCCAACCAUUCUGCAGAGAAAUCACUGCUUGGACUGGAUAAGCCUGACUGCAGUUGUCAGGUAGCCAAGCAUCCUGGGGUCACCAAUGACAAUGGCUGUCUGGUCACAUCACUGUUGCUGCGUCUGCUGACCAAGAUGCAAGAUCAGCAGACCGGGCCUGAGAAUGCUAAAACGGAAACAAGGAAGCUACUGGAACAACUCUUGCGUGAGUUCACCAACGCGUCAGGCAAUCUGGACUUCAAGGAGUAUCAGAAUAACAUCAAACUGCAGACACUCUACCACACCCUGAACACACUCCUGCUGAAGAACUUUGGACCCAAGGCUAUCCUGCAGAAACCAGCCGAUGCUAAGGAUUCUUCAUUUGAUGACCUAUUAAUGUCAGCAUUAACCAAAGAGCUGCUGAGCCAAUGUGAUGCGGAAGUUACAGUGAUUCCAUCUGAAAUCACCCCAAGAAGACCUGGGAGGGAGAUUUUCCUCAAGCUAAAAAGUGCUCUUGGAAACCUAAAAAAAUCUGUGGCACAGCAGCCAUCUCACUCCGCCGAUGCACCUACCCAGUACCCUAUGGCCGCAGAAUAUACAAGUGAAUCCCGUGACCUGACCUGUAUGGCAAGGACACUGGAGAGACUCCUAUGCAGAGACAAUAUCAACAACAUUGCCAAGGACCUUGUGCAUCAAAUUCAGGCUGUUCAGGAGGAGAGAAGCCCAACCCCCACUACUGUGGAUGGAAGAGGUACCCCUGGGUCAGAGAGUCCAAAGGCGGCUCCCCAGAAGGCAUCGAGUGCCACUCAGGAAGUGUGCUCUUUCACUGAGCAGGCCAUCAAGGGAAUGCUGCAGCCCUACCUUCCCUCACUGGUGGAAUGGAAUGCUAAUCGAGAUGUUGCUACGUCCAGAAUCUCCGUCUCCGAGAUUAAGGAUUCUUCAUUUGAUGAUCUCUUGAUGUCAGCAUUGACCAAAGAGCUGCUGAGCCAAUGUGAUGCGGAAGUGACAGCCAUUCCAUCAGCCCCAGGUGCUCCAUCAGCCCCUGGUGUCCCACCCUCACCUGAGCCUCAGGCAGGGAGUACAGGCAGCAAGACACGCAGGAGGUGGUUCAGCUUCAAGAUCCUAAAGAGACACAGCAAGAACAGAGUGGCUCCCUCUGCUGUCAUUCCUCCUGACACAAAGAAGAGCAAUAACGCUGAUGCAGCUGUGCUUGUCCAGAAGCCUCGUCAGCGCUCAAUGUUCAUCGGAUGGUUCACGAGCUGCUUCAAAUGCUCAGAGGAAUCCUGAAUCCUGAACCACACACACACACACACACACACACACACA